AUCCCCCCAAGCAUGCCCACACCUCCAUCAUGAAAGUGCCAUCCUCUAUUUGCCUCCCUCCCUUGUUUCCUCAUGGUGGCAAUGUGGCAUCCACGAUCAAUCUAAUCUCGUUAGUAUUUUAUAUUUUUCUCAUAGCUUUACAACUCUGGUUGAUUUGUAGACACCAGGCGGCGCUGUUUCUCUAAGUUGAUUUAGCGGCGCUGUUUUUGUUGAACAACUUUUGGAGGCAUGGAGAUUAGACGUAGAUAUUUUGUAAAUGCUUGGCUUUAGGAUGAUGUUGACUUGAGCGAUUUAUUCCAGAGAACAAAUAUACACAAAGAUUUACUCCUUUUUGCUUUUGGGAUGAAGAUUGCUUUCUUCUUCUUUAAUGCCGUGCCCACCAAGUGUUCGAUGGAAUGACAGAACCCCAAAACCGUGUAAGGUUUACAGCUGUCGAGUAUAGGUUCAUUUCUUGCACAUGUCCUUGUUGUGUUCAUGGUGGAUGCUGGUUGGCCGCUUCCAAGAGGACAUCUGUGUCAGUUUUCUUUCGCCAAGUGAGAAGGCGAGAUGAUCUCUCACAGGGACGAGGACCAGGGAAUGUAAGGAGGUUAUACGGCAAGGACAAGGUUACAAGAGAUCGUACAGCUUAACUUUUUUUUUUUAGCAUUGCGACUUUAGCAAAGAAUCUGUGCAAUGUUUCCCCUUUUCCGUACAUAGUUAAUGGAUGAGGAGCAAGAAACCACAAUAGGCAGUGCACCAUAUGCGGCGAGCAUCCGCAAGCUGUGAAAGCACACCCUUUAUCCUGAGUUGACUAGAGAAUAUCACAAACAGCCACCAUGCCUGCAAAUUGUUGUGUACGCGCUUAUUCCGUCUAUGUCACCUUUUGGAAUAGGCUAACGUAUGGUACGGAUUUCUUGCUUCCGUAGGGCGGAAUUUGGUCUCCAAUUGAGAGAAAUAGACAAGGGGACUAUCCAUCAAUUCAACAUCAACAGUAACCUUUCUUGGAUGCUUCUAGUUGGCAUGCAUGUAGCAUUGCAUUUGGUAUUUGAUUAUGGCCAAAAGUUAUAUUGGCUAAAUCGAACUUGGGACCUAGUUAGUUUUGAUCCCCUGCAAGUACUCAUGGUGCUAUAAUUUACAAAACAAAGUUAAGCAUGUAGUUCGACCUCAUAGUGUUUUGUAUUCUAGAUGAAGCAUUCCUAUUCGAUACAACUUCUCCAGUAUAAUUUAGAAGUGGAUAAAAUGCACUCUUAUCUUCGAUGCUGCUCACCUUACUGUGAUGCUUGGUUGCCCCUGGUUGCGUGUGAUCCUAUAUGAUGGCUGUACAUGAUAUGUGUUCUUAGGAGCAUUAUUGGUAACUUUAGCUUGGUUAACCGAUUAUCCUUGUCUCUCCAUGUGCACCUGAAAAGGUCCACAGAUAUUUUGCGAUGAUGCUCAGGCCCAUGGGGAAGCAUCAAGUUUGUUUUUAAUGCUUUCCUUUUUCUCUUUCUGCUCACGAUUGUGAGAUCCUUAAUAUUUUGCACCAUUCUUGCAUAGAUCUGGUAACAAGUUGCAGUAUUAUGCACAAGCAGAGGGUCUCUACUCUGUACUCCGGAAGAGUAUGUAAGAGUGCCAGAGUCAGUCGACCCAAUGCUACUCCUACCAGGUUAUCCUGUCCCUCAGACGAUGUUAAUUGUUAAAUAGCCAGUUAUAUAGGUUAGAGCUUUGCGUUUAUGUGGAAUGUCUACAAAUGAGGAGACAUCAUGGUACAACUCACCUAUACAAUUAUGAUAUGGUCUCCUCUCAAUUUGUAUCAGAUCAUACUAAAUACAAAAAGAUGGACCAUAUGAGGGCACUUUUUUUGCACCAUUGCUAGGAUCUUCAACUUGUUUCUAGCCUUUUUGGCCUAGAUUUUUAUAAUAUUUGCAACCAUGCUAUCAUUUAUACCUGUUAAUUAAGCAUACUACUGUUUUUUUCUUCGAAUCUCUAUGUGUCACACAUGUUCUAAUCGCUUUCUGGGAACUUCAACUUGUUUCUAGCCUUUUUGGCCUACAUUUUUUAAUAUUUGCAACCAUGCGAUCAUGUACACUGGUUAAUUAAGCAUACUACUUUUUUUUUCGAAUCACUAUGUGUCACACAUGUUCUAAUCGCUUUCUAGAUGUAUUUCAAGGCUGACAUAUCUUUACAUGGUUUUGUCAAGGAAAAAUGAGAUGUAAUUCCUAAAAGGUGCAUAAUGGUAAUUGGUAAACAGGUGGAGUUUCAUGUCACAAGACAAAAUGAGAAAGAUAGUAAGUGGAUCAUCUUACACGGGCAGAUGGGCUGCACUUUCUAAUUGGGUAAGAAUCUCUCUUGUAAAGUGGAAAUAUUAAGCAGAUAUGCUUCUCAUGAUCAUGCACAUCGCAUUAUAUAAGGGGCAAACAAGCUCCAGAAGAUAUUACUUUGAGCCCUUCCCUCCUCUUCAAGUUAAAGUCCAUUUCUGAUCCUUCUUUUGCUUGUAUCAUGGACAAUAAUGAGUUAGGCUGCAAGCAAAGCGACGCUCUUCAAGAGCUCGAGAUGCUGACAGUGAAUGCCAAGGAAGCCCAACAGCUUAUACUGACAAAAAUCCUUGAGAGGAACCAAGCUAGUGAGUACUUGAGCAAAUUCAUGAAUAGAUCCACAAACACAUCCACCUUCAAGAGAAACGUCCCAGUAGUGACAUAUGAUGUGGUCCAGCCGUACAUCACAAGGAUCUCAACUGGCGAGGAUUCUUCCAUUAUAUCUGGAGACCGAAUCGUAGAACUGCUGAGAAGCUCCGGAACUUCUCGGGGUGAGCCAAGAUUGAUGCCAGCCAUCUCCGAGGAUCUUGACCGUCGAACCUACCUUUAUAGUCUGCUAAUGCCGAUAAUGAACAAGUAUGUAUCAGGCCUUGGUGAGGGGAAGGCCAUGUAUCUUCUCUUUGUGAAAGCAGAAACGCUGACGAAUUCUGGCAUUCCAGUUCGAUCAGUCCUCACUAGCUAUUACAAAAGCCCUCACUUCCUGCACCGCAAACAUGACUUGUACAACAACUACACCAGUCCUGAUGAGGUAAUUCUUUGCCCUGACAGCCAGCAGAGCAUGUACUGCCAGCUGCUAUGCGGCCUGGUUGAACGCCAGCAUGUCCUCCGUCUUGGGGCAGUCUUCGCCUCGGCGUUCCUUCGGUCUAUCAGCUUUCUUGAGCAGCACUGGUGUGACCUUGUCACUGACAUACGUAAUGGUAAACUCAAUCCCAAUGUCACCAACACCAAAUGCCGGUUGGCCAUGGAGUGCUUUCUCGCAUUGCCCAACCCGGAGCUCGCUGAUGAGCUUGAGGAAAUCUGCGGCUGUGGGCCAUGGAAGGGGAUUCUAGGCAGGCUAUGGCCUAACGUCAAGUACAUUGAAGCUGUUCUUACAGGAACAAUGGCACAAUACAUCCCCAUGCUGGAGUUCUAUAGUGGUGGUAGGAUUCCCUUGGUAUGCACCAUGUACGCCUCGUCGGAGAGCUAUUUUGGUGUCAAUCUGAGGCCACUGUGCAAACCAACGGACGUGUCUUACACCAUCCUCCCAAACAUGGCCUACUUUGAGUUCAUUCCUUUGGAGGAUGGCCUCAGAGUGACGGAUGAUGAGGAGGUGGUGGGGAAUGACAAGCUUGUCAGCCUGGUGGAUGUCAAGGUCGGAUGCUACUAUGAGCUUGUGGUCACCACAUUUUCUGGUCUUUACAGGUAUAGGGUUGGCGAUGUGCUUCAGGUCACAGGCUUCUACAACCGUGCGCCGCAGUUCAAAUUCAUCUGCCGGAGAAACGUGAUCCUCAGCAUCGACACCGACAAGACCAACGAGGAGGAUCUCCACAACAGCGUCACGCGUGCCAAGAAGAUCCUGGAGGACAGAAACCACAUCCUCCUGGAGUACACCAGCUACCCAGACACUUCCACCGUCCCUGGACACUAUGUGCUCUUCUGGGAGAUCAAGUCCACCUGCGAAGGCGUGCAGCCCCUCGACCCUCAGCUCCUCGAGAGCUGCUGCGUCUCCGUCGAGGAGUCGCUCGACUACAUCUACAGGCGCUGCAGGGCGCACGACAAGUCGGUAGGCCCGCUGGAGAUACGGGUGGUCGAGGCCGGCGCGUUUGAUGCUCUGAUGGAUCUGCUGGUCAGCCAGGGCAGCUCCAUCAACCAGUACAAGACCCCGAGGUGCAUCGAGUCCGGCCUCGCGCUGAAGCUGCUCAACUCCAAGGUCACGGCUUCCUUCUUCAGCCCCCGGGAUCCUGAGUGGACCAUGUAAAAGCUUUCAGGGAGGGCCUGGGAGAGGCUGCAAAUCUCCGGUCUGAUCGUGCCAGCCCGCUGCUCGGAUAACCCGAUGGCAGUAUUUCUGCUGCUUGCGUUUUUCAUUUGGAGAACUACCACUACUUGUUAUAGCGCUUUCUUGUAUUAUUGCCAAGCCCUAAAGCAGAAUGAAGUAUUCGCCAUUUUUUUUGAAUUAAAAUUCGCCAUUUUUUGCUACUCAUGUACUAUGAUUGUUCAUCUCAUCAUCUGAGCUCCGAACUGAAUGGUGAUACUACUAUA